UGUGGAGUUAUUUUUGUUUUUUCGAAGUAACGAAGUACGGCUUAACCAUACCUGUGAUUUGCACACCUGAGUAAUUUUCACCUGAUUUCCGGUAUGACAUUAAACUGGGUCCCAAAUAAAUUAACGGUUGAAUAAUCACUUGUCAUUUUAUACAGAAAUCUUUACUUGCUAUGAGUACCAGUUUAACACCUGAUUACUCAAGAAAGCACUGAAUUCGAAAAAAGGUGAGGCCGGUCAUCUUCUGUCCCCGAGCCAUAGAUCGAUUAGAUAUCAGGACGUCUUUGUGAGACGCUUGGACGUUUUGUUGGAUAAGUGGAAUAUGUGAAUAUCGGAGAAGACAAACAUAGAAAAAUCUGGUAUUGUGUAAUUCAGAAAAUCUCAGCGUUCAGAAUGGGACUUCUCUCGAGGGGAAAGUUGAGGAUCUAUCUAGCCAUAAUAAACAUAAUUUUCUUCAUACUAGGAGGAGCAUGUGUGGGACUUGGUGCGUGGCAGGCUGUGGACAAAAUCUUCAUCUCUGAUGUGAUUGGAUCCGACCUCUACUCUACUGCGGCGUACCUGUUGAUUUUUGCCGGGUGCGUCUUGGUCAUCAUUAGUUGUGUUGGAUGUGUCGGCACUGUCAUGCAGAAUCGACCUAUUCUAAUAUUAUACAUGAUCACUAUCAUUUUGACCGUCAUUUUACUGAUCGCUGCUGGGGCAGUAGCUGCUUCAUUCCAAAAUCAACUUGGGUCAAGCAUGAUCGAAAACAUGAAAAAUACCAUAAGGUACAAAUAUGGUAAUAAUGUGGAAAAUAAUGCCGAGAACAAGAGAGUUACAAACUCUUGGGAUACUCUACAAAGAAUGCUAGAGUGCUGUGCAGUAGACAAUCAGGGCUGGCAACUCUAUAGAGAUUCGGAAUGGUUUAAACAGGUGAAUCCACACAACUAUAUCCAGAUUGACCAGAACACAAUCUUUGUCCCAACUUCAUGCUGUAGGCACCAAGGAGCAUAUUCCACAGACGACUGGUUGAGAAAUUGUCAAAGAAAUCCAUACGGACCUCCUAGAUACUAUACCCCAAAUCACAGUGAAAACAAAGCCCUUAUCUAUGUUGGAUGCAGAGAAGCAGCAAUGAAUUUUAUAAAAAAUAAUAUAGGAUCUCUUAUUGGCUGUGGUUUCGGUUUUGGAAUAACUUUAAUAUUCGGCAUUGUUUUUGCAUUUUUGCUCUACAGAAAUCUUGCUGAGCCAUUUGUUCCAGUGGCAACAAGGGAGCAUUAAUUUUUUUUGUCUUUUUAAGCAAAAAUCCAAAAGAUCUACAAUUUUAAUGAACAGUAUUUAUUUGUAGAGUAAUACAGAUAUUGUAUGUAGAGUUGGCAUUUAUUUAUCAAAGGAUGUAAAUAUUUUUAAGUAUGAUACAUGAAUAUCAUCAGUGAAGUUAUUUUGUAAGUUGUAAUGUGAAUAUUUUACAUUCACGGUUUUAUCUACUUAAUUCCUCAUUAGAACUGUAUUGUAUGCUCUCUUUGUAUAGUGAAUGCAUCAGGUAAAUAUGUAACUGAACACUAUGAUAAUGAUAUCUGAAUGUCUGUGUUGUGAGUUUCUUAGCAGGACUAAAUUCAUCAAUAAAUAGAUGUUUCAAAAUAUUUUUCAAUAGUUAUUCUAAAGACGGGAAGAUAGGCAUGACUCAAGUUAUACAAGUUUUAUGAAAUACCGUCAGCAAGCUAGUCAUGUAUAUAUUUAAUUCAGGUAAAAGUUAAAUACAGGUGGGAUUUUAAAUUAUUCUCAGCUCAGGUGUACAUGCACAUGAUGUAUACAUCAUAUCUGAAUUUUGUUUUUAAAUCUUCCAGACUGAUUAAGAUGAAAAUUUAUUAUACAGUUGUCUACAUAUUUAAAAGUUUAUUGUUAGAGGCAGCAUUUUCUUGCAAGAAAAAAAAUUCAUUUUAAAGCUAUGCAUGCAAGAUUUUAAUGUUUUUCAAAUGAUAUGAUACUCAAUGCAGAUUUUAAA